CGCUGGCUGGCGGUGGUAAACAGACGUCAGAAGGGAGUCUUCGAGUCAAAACAAAACAAAACAAGAUAGAAACGAUGAAUGACUAGGAAUAUGCGCGAUCGCAUCGCCAAGGACGGGAUUGAACACUAUCCGCGAUGGGAAACCGGAUUCUUUGAGGAGCGAUCCGUUUCCGUCCACUUUUCGUCUGUUUGAGCUGCGGGAUUUUAACUCAUAAAUAACUGGAGGAGUUAAGUUGGUGAACUCGGCGGCCGCGGCUAGUUUUCCGAGUUCUUCACUUGGGAAUUUCGAGUCGCGGGCGGCCCGGCCGGGAAUGCUGGACUGAAAGCUCGGGUUUUGAGACGGACUUGGAGCUCGUCGUCGGUUCGGUCGGCGUGUGGACGGAGGGGGACGUGGCUGGGGGAGUUCGGCGCCCGCGCGAGCAUCGUGCGCAGCUGCGUGCGGAGGAACAUGGCAGAUGGCGGCACGCGCCCGCACACACGGCGUGCUGUAGUAGGAGCGCGCGGGCGGUGGUAGAUAGAUAGAUAGCUAACCCUGUAGUUAUACAGGAUAUAGUAGUGUGUAGGCUGGAUUUCUUCUUUCUUUUUUUGUUUUGAUUGCCUGGGAAUUAAAAUAGAGAGAAAAAAACACAUUCAUAUAACGUUAUACAUAUAUACAAAAAACUGCUUGAUCUGUUAAACUGAAAUAGCUAUCUUAAACUAAUUAACUAGGUUAAGUUAGUUAACGCUUUACUAAUCUAAUUAACUAGUUAAAUCGAGACAGCCGCGUGCUUGAUUUAAGUUCACUAGGUUAAGUUAGUAGUUGUUCAGCCCAGUGGAAAACAAAAACAAAAAAAAAAACUAAAUCUGAAUUUCUAAAUUAUUUUCAGCUUCAUAUAAAAUAUUAUUAUUAUUAAUAAUAAUAAUAACUAAUAUAGUUGUGGUUAUUAUUAUAAUCUGAACUGGUUUUAGCCUGUGGGACUGAGUCUGUAUGUUCUGUAAACCCCUAGCUAACCAAGUUAACUUGUUAGGUUGUUAGUUUAUCCAACCUAUCUAGCUAAUGUUGCUCAAACAUGUUCCUUUAACUUGAAUCAGAAAAAAACAAACAGUAUUUUAGCUACGUAUAAAUAAAUAUAUUAAAUAAAAACAGCCAAGUUGUUUUAGGGUGGCUUGGGUUUUUAAUUGUUGGCUUGGUUCAUAGACUUGAAGGUAGACCACGUGUGUUAUUGUUAUUGUGGGGGAUUAUGAUGCGUUGGAUGCAUUGGAUGAUGAAGUGAACGAGAAGGAAAAGGAGAGAAUAGACAGAUAAUUAAAAUUAAAUUGAGUAGAAGUGGAGUAGACUAAGUGUGCUAAGGCUAUUUAUUGAGGUAUUUUCCAAGCAUUUUUCUUUAAAAGAGCUAUAAAUCAGAUCCCAGAGAUUAACCCUGUAUCUAUCCUCUAUCUUUUUUUUUUCAGCUUUAUUCACUGCUGGGCAUCCAGAUGUUUUAGCUAUCCUGACUAAUAUAUGUUUAAAAAUAUCAUACUACGGUUUGGUUUGCCAUGUGAUUUUUUUCCUUUGUUCUUUUAUGUAAACAAAGAGGGCCCCUUUCUUCCCUCCUUGGCUCAGUGUAAAUCGGAAGGUUUAUGAUAGUUACUAUUAAGGAGAUUAUUUGGCCCCUUUAAUCUCCAAUCUGAGGAUUAACUGACGCUAUAUUGGUGUGUCCAGAUUAUUACGUCUCUGCUCCAGCUAGCCAGUCUACCAGCAGCCCUGCUGACAGAGCUGGAGCACCUUUAACAGAGCAGAACAAAGACUAAAAUAUAUAUAUAAUUUUAACUAUAUAUAGUAGUUAACUAGUUACCAGAAUAAACAGGCCUUGCUGGGUUCUCUAAAUAAUUAAAUUAACGUUUAUUAUAACAUAUACUUUAUUAUUAUUCCUAGGGUUGGUUAGCUUGAUAAAAAACCCUAAACUUAGUCUAACUCUAGCAGACUAUUCGUUUUGUUGCCCUACUUUACAUUAAAUAUAUAAAAAUAGCAUCACAUACGUAGCUAGCAGUUGCUGGCCAAUAUUAUCAUUCUCAUUCACCAUCGCGGUUCGCUGAAAUCCGCACAAUGGAGGCGGAGAGCGUCCCCCCGAUUGACCCAGAUUUCGAGCCGCAGAGCAGACCGAGGUCGUGCACAUGGCCGCUGCCUCGGCCCGACAUCUCAGCUGUCAAAGCGGAGGCGACAGACGGCGCCGAGUCCACCGCGGGGACCCCGCCCGCCGAGGAGGACAAGCACGAGCCCCAGCCAAUCAGCACCGAGCCCGAGAAAUCCGUGGCCUCGGAGGGCGGGGUCGUGGCCGGAGUGGGUGGGGCCACGCCCAGAAAGGGCUCCUCCAGGCGCAACGCGUGGGGCAACCAGUCCUACGCUGAUCUGAUCAGCCAGGCCAUCGAGAACUCCCCGGAGAAGAGGCUCACCCUGGCUCAGAUCUACGAGUGGAUGGUGAAGACUGUACCGUACUUUAAGGAUAAAGGAGACAGCAACAGCUCAGCUGGGUGGAAGAACUCGAUUCGACACAAUCUGUCUCUCCACAACAAGUUUCUGAGAGUACACAAUGAAUCUACAGGAAAAAGCUCCUGGUGGAUGCUCAACCCUGAAGGGGGGAAGCCUGGGAAAGCUCCUCGCCGGCGUGCCGCCUCCAUGGACAACAGCACCAAGUUGCUGAAGAGCCGCAUGAGGGCGAAGCAGACCAAAAAGCAGGCAGUAGCUGGUGGAAGUGCCAUACCGGGUGAAGGUGUGUCUGGGGCAGGAGGUGCAGACAGUCCUGGGCCUCCGGGAGGGUUUGGAAAGUGGGGUGUGAACAGCAGCAGCCCCUCAUCCCGUGGAAGUUUGGAUGAUCAGGACAUGUGGACGACCUUCAGGCCACGCACCAGCUCCAAUGCCAGUACCCUGAGUGGCAGGCUGUCUCCAAUUGCCCCAGGACAAGAAGAUGAAGACAACUUGCAGGAAGAUGGGCUUCUAAGUGGAUACACUUCUGGCAGUCUUCCGCCUACACUUGCCGAGACCUUAAUGGAGGAAUUGGACCUGAUUGAUGGGCUCACCUUAAUGACAGGCCAACAAGGUGGUGCAAGCCCAAGUACUGCCCCCCAAGCCCCACCUACACCACUGCCCUCUGCAUCAACCCUGCUGCCUCGUGGAACUAACUUUCCCACAUAUCGCCAGCUACAGUCAGUGAAGGGACCUCAGGGAGCAAGCCAGCCAGGCUCACAGAGCUCAGUCCAGCAGGGAGGAGCUUCCAGCACAAGCCCAUCAAAUUUUGGAAACUCCCUCUUCAACCCCCUGCCUGGACCUGGAUCUCGGAGUGGCUUCAGCACUCACGUACCCUCCAGCCUCGAGGCACUUCUCACUUCUGACUCGCCCCCACCAAGCGAUGUCAUGAUGACGCAAGUGGACCCUCUGAUGCCCAGCCAGGGAGGUGCUAAUCUCCUGGGGCUUGGCGGGUCUUUGUCCGGCAGCCAAGCUAAAGCUGGUCCGAUAAUGUUGGGCAAGAGCCUGGAACCGAGCCCAGUAGGACAAAUGACACUUCAAACCCAACCUCAGCUACAGCCACAACAGCACCAGCAACAGCAGCACUCUCAGAUGAGCUUCGGCAUGCUGCUGGCAGGCAUGGGCCAGGAACCAGCUCAGCAGCUAUCAGCCAUGAAGGCUCAACAUCAAGUGCCAGGUGGAGGGGGGCUGCUUCAGCAUGGAGCUGUCCCUUCAGCAGGUGGGAAUGGAGGUCUCCAGGGGUUAAGCCAGUUCGGGGCACCACCAUGCUUUGCGCCCUCUCAGGACCGCCUGCCCACGGACUUGGAUAUUGACAUGUUCACAGAAAACCUGGACUGUGAUGUCGACUACAUCAUCAACAGUGACCUUAUGGAUGGAGAGUCCAUUGACUUCAACUUCGACCCCAUUUUACCAGCUGGGCAAAGUUACCCUGGGCCAGCUACCACACAGAGCUCCUCUCACAACUGGGUGCCCAGCUAACUCUGCUGCAGAUCGGUGCAGGACAGCUCUUCAUCCCUACAAAAAUAAUGGAAAGUCAUGGAAGUCAUGGUGCAUUGCCUACAAUGUCAAAGCCACCCCUCUUUUUGUUUUAUUUUUGGUUAUUCCUUCAUUUUCCUUUUCUAUUGUACCUCGAAUGCGUAAUCUCUCUUGGCUGAGGACAUACAGAAGCUGACUUGGCCAAUUAAAACAACAACAAAAAACGUUUUUAAUUUUCGGAUCACAAAAGCAAAAGUGCCAACAUGUACAGGGAAGUGGGCUAUUGGGCACCGAGACACGGAACGCAGGAAACAUCUUGAAACUUUAUUAUAUUCGCAAGAGUGUUUGUUUUUUCUUUCUUCUUUUUUUUUCAAAGUUAUAGUAUUUUGCCAGAUGUCAGAGAUGUUGAGUGUAGCGUAAAGGAGAGAUAACAGUAGUGAUGAAGCACGACUAAUAAACUACUAAUCAUGUUUAUUACAGUUAUGCCUAUUACUAAUUUACCAAAGUAAAGUAGCACAGGACUGAGGUGAUUGUGGUGGUACGUCACUUCUUUUUGAUCUAAAGACGGACAAACUGACUCGGCCAGGAGAAUCAAACUUCUGCGGGACGUGAGGACCGUGCUUUUUUUUUAUUGGUCAGCAGCUGGAAUAAAAAAGAAUGCGAGAACCGUGACAUUUCACUUGAAUGGAUUUGGCUUGGAUCGAUCGCUGGAUCAGAUGGAUAACACACAGCCAGUUGUUCAUCCAUCACUUGAAUGAAUAAAUAGAUAGAUGGGUGGAUUAGAUAGAUGGAUCAACACCACCGUGGCUGACAGCACCAUCUAUAUCUUCUGACAACCUCCUGAAGGCAUCAUUAAACCACAGGACACACACAAACCAGGACCUGCUCUGCACCGUUUGUCCUGGAUUUGAACUGAGAUGGUCUGUCUAACUGAGAUGAGCCUGAACAUUAAGUACAGUUGAACCUGCUCAGCUCGGUGGUCUCAGUGGUACGAAUAGUACAAAUAGCUCAUAUUUUGUGUCUUACUACAGAAACAGAGGCAAAUUGAAAUUGAAUCAAAACAAAAUAUCGAGAUCUGAGAAAAAAGGUGUUUUUGGAGAUGUGAUGGAAGUGAUGGUGUUUAUGAUGAGAAUUUUAGCGUGGCGUGUGUGUAACAUCUGCUCAGGAAGGCGUUCCUUUCUUUCUCUCAUUGUGUUUUGGACAAAACGAAAAGAAAAAGAGCGCGGAGGCCGAUCAAUUACGUGAGACUGAUUUUUUUGAUGAUGACUUGCUCUUGAAUUAUUAUGUUAUUAAUAGUAUGAAGAAAUGAAAUGUGACACACCGGGCAUUUUGAUUUAAUUCACCAUAGAAUCUGAAUGGUUCUUUCUAUGUCUUUUUUUUUUUUUUUUUUUUUAAACCACUCUGCCAACACGUUGAAUGGCACGGUGAAAUGGAUAGAGCGUCCUCUGCAGGAUGUAAAGGAUACCUGAAGUUUUUGAUUUUUUGAUUGCUUUUGUUUGGGUUUUGUAGUUCUUGCAAGUGCUUGAAUUCGCAGAAAGAGACAGAAACGGAUCCAAAGUACAGUAAUAUUAUAAUAUUGAUUGAUUUCAUUCAGUUGGUUGGUAUUUCAGCUAAACAGCUACAUAAAACCACAAACCCACGUCCCUGGCACGUAGAAUUCUCACGUGUGAACAGUGCGAAAUGGGGCUGAGGAGGUUAUUCUUUCCUCAGUGAUUUGAUUACUCUUUCUUAUUUAGUACUAACCAGCUUUUGUAUUUGUAUAAAUUUGUUAAUGGAGAAACAGAAAACAAUUGAAUAUAUUGACUGUAGUUUUAGUGCCCGGUUUAGAUUAGAUCAGGGCUACGCUACAAUUAAGCGAAUAUUCUUACUAAUCAGAAAAUACACUGUUAAUGUGUUUUUGUGUGUGUGGUUUUUUUAAACUGCAGAAAUGAUCUGACUUUUUUAAAACGGUCAUUUUCUAUGUAAUCUUUUAUUUUUGUAAGAGAUGAGAUGCAUGUAGAUUUUAUACAUAACCAAAGGAACACUAAGAACUGCAUGUCAGACUGGGAGAGCUUGAGAUUAAAGUAUUGCAGUGUAGAUAAGCUUUACACAGUGGAGCCUGUUUUAAAAAAUGAAUAAAAUAAAAUACACAUGAAUUGAGAAAUUAAUAUUACAUCUUAUUUUAUUAUGAGGCAAUGGUUAGACUGCAUGGGUGCAUUUAAUGAGAUAAAAACAUGCAUUGCUAAUUAUAAUUUUUCUUUUCAGAAUUUGUCAUGUGAUCUCUAUAUUGUGAUAAGAAAGAAUACGUACAGGAGAUAUAGGAUAUAAUGAGCUCUAUCACUUGCCAGACAAUUUAUACAAUUUAUAUGAUUUCAUCUCAAAACAAAACACACAAAAAAUACACACAGACAGUGGAUGAUGCAAUGUUUAACUCUCAGGGUAUUAUUAAAAGAUGAUAAUAAUAAUGAUAAUAAUAAUAAUAAUAAUAAUGAAAAAAAUUCACUUCCAGAAGGAAGCGGUGAGAUAAUCAUGUUGAAAAAACUUAUUGCUGAUUUUUUUUUUAAGUGCUACCCAGCCAUCACUUGAAAUCUUUUAACAUUAUGUUUAAAAAACGUUCUUAUGAUCUUAUGUUCCACUUGAUGAGAAAACAAUAUAUGAGGUUAUAUAUUAUGUAUGCAUUUACAGAGUUUUUGAUAUAAACAAAAGUUGUAAACUGCCAACGAACACUAGCAUAUAGCAUGUUGCUAAUUCUAGAGCUAAUUCUGCAGCUCUACUCUCAUACUCUUCAUACUCUCGUUUUUGUUUAGUUUUUUUUCUGUGAUUGAUUUGUUUGGAUUACAGUUCAUUACACAGCAUUACACAGUUUUUAUUUAUUUUCUUUUUUUCUUCAACUGUCAGUCGGUUGGUCAUUAGUUUUUACUCCAUCAGCAUUCACAGCAUAUUCUCUUUUUUAUAUAUAUAUAGAUUGGACUUUGAUUUGCGAGCUGGAUGAUCUGAUUAUUAUUAUUAUUAUUAUUCAUUUAAACUGUAAUAACUUGAGUAUAUUAGUUCUAAAAAGAUAAACUAACUGUUUAAAGCUCUGCGGCGCUGCAGAGAGUUUAUGUUUCCUCCUAUUGAUCGGUGCUAGACGUUAUCUAUGACAAUUUAUAUAAAGAGGCCCGUAUUUAGAGUCGCUAAGGACCUCGAAUCAUUUUAUGCAGCACUUAAUUACAAAUUCUAAAUAUAGAGAAGAGUAGAAAGAAGAGAAAUGUACCUAUAUUGUUAUCCCCGAGUGCUAGUUUAGUAGAUUAUGAAUAUUCUAAAACUUUGUGGAUGCAGAUGGAGGGGGUUUAAGAAGGGGGUUUAAAGAGGGGAGAAGGGGGUUUGGUUAACUCGUAAAUCAGUCUCUCGCCACACAAAUAAUUGAAUAACUCGAAUAACAGUGCACUACAUUUUCUUGAAAAUCUUGUUUUUUAUAAAGAGAAAACGUGUUAUUUUGUUAUGGCAAUUGAUCUUGAUCUGUAUUUCAAUUUCAAACUGUUUACAUCACUGCUCUGGUCUUUUUGGGCUUUUCCGUGUUCAUGAUGUUCAUGCAUGCGUAUGUAUGUGUGUGUACGUUUUUGUUGGGAAUGAUGCUGUAUUGCUGAUUUUGCUGCGUGGUUAAUUAGCGAUGAGAGUGGGAUUGAGAAAGAUGACGCAUUUUUGUACAAUAUACAAUAUAUAUUGCAGAAAUGAGGAGAAGCAAACCAUAAGAAAACAACGUUUACACAAGCAGGAUGUAGUACUAGGACAGUAGCAUCUGGCUAAUAAGGAUUAGACCCUUAAUGUACACAUUAAUGCAGCAGUCCAUAAGAUUUAUUUCUUUUAAAUCAAAAACAUCAUUAGCGUUCCUGAUUGGGUAGGUUUGUUGGAUGUAAUUGCUCUAAACAUUGUUACAGAAUUUCAUAAAUGAAAAAGCAACACAGCAAUAGAAACUGAAAACACAGAAUUUCACACAGAAAUGUAUUUACUUUAGCCUGCAUAUAAAGUGCUCUGUGCAGUUACACACUCUCACCAGAGAGGUCUCCAAAUCCCCAAAUGCCGCAAACUUACGGACUGACGCUUUAAAUAUGUGAAUUAAACACCUAGCCCUGCAUGUCGAAGUUGUGAGUUGUGGUUUGAGAAAAAAACAAAAAAACAAGUGACUGACAAAACUCUAGGAUACUUUUUAUUUUCUCUUUUGCUCAGAAUGACCAUGGAUUUUUUUUAGAGGACUAACGGCAUUUCCAGUCACGAGUGUUCAUUUUGAGAGUCAAAUGUUGGAAAAUGAACAAGAUAGAAAUCCCAACAGACAGAGCCACAGACUUUUAUUUUUACAACCGUUUUCAAACCUCUGAAUCACAUUUUCCUUCUUUUUUAGCUUUCCUUAUUUUUAGUGUACAUUCUUCUAGUUGACCUUCCUCCACAGAUUCUGCUACGUAUCCCAUUUUAUGAUAUAAAAUAUGAUUUUAGUUAAUGGGUAGGAUUGAGUUUUGUUUGUUUAUUACGGGGGAAGGGGAUGUAAAGGAUUGAUGAGUUGUGCAUAGCCAGUUUUACUGUAUGUGUACUUCAUUGCUAUGAUUUAUUUCGAUUAAUGUUUCUCCCCCUGACGUUCUUACUUUGUUAAGUUAGCCAGAGGUGACUGUGCAACCAGUCCAGGAUAACUGAAAUAAACCUAAUCAGUUUAACUCA